UAACACAAACUACGGUGAACGGUUGUUUCGCUGGUGGAGCGAGUCCGUGCGCAGUACAUUCAGAGGAGAAGUGGGCUCGUGUGGCCCAUGCGCACUUGAGUGGACCAGACACGUCGAGUGUGGCCAGGAAUCAAGCAAAUAAGUGGGGACCAACACCAAUCCUAUUGUUGAGCCAGCACGCUUCUUCUGUCUGCGACCACCAAACGCAUGCCUUUUGAAAGAUACCUGCGUCCCAACGAGGAGGAGGACACCGUCGUCUACGACCAUGGCGGCCAGUUCAGUCAUCCAGCAGCAGCGUUCAACAAUGCCAUCCAGUUCCAGAUCCCCCACUUCAUGCUCAAUGGCCCACCCAUCCUUGCCCCCGGUGGUGGUGCAGAAGUCCUCCCUGUUGGCCUCCUAGACAGCCCAGAUUCCCUCGCCUCGUCCUGGCUCACCAACAGCGGCUUUGUACCUUUCCAUACCGCCGCCAAACACCACCAGGCCGACACCGAGCCUACGUCGUCCGACGCCUUCGACCUACUCGCCUAUAACCCGGCGGACGACCAUGUCUCCCUCCAGCCCGCCCCUGGCUUCACUGAGCACCAUCUUCUCCCGGCCCAGCAUGAUCAAGUGGUGCCCUCGUCGUCCUAUCAAGCCCAUCUGCAGCCCUCGCUGUCCCAUUCAUUCGCGGUUGUCCCUCCCCAGAUCAGCCCGCCUCCCACAGCUCCCUUGCCUAUUUCGUCCCCCUCUGCUCUUGCCCUCCCCGUCUACUCGACGUCAGGCUUCGAUCUCCUUUCCAUCCUAGCUCGCGUCACAAACCGUCCAUACCCAACCGUUAAUCUCGGCCCAGUGGAUCUCUCCUGCUCAUUUGCAGUUGCAGACGUACGAAGACACGAUUCCCCCAUCGUAUACGCCUCACCGUCCUUUUAUCGUCUUACCGGCUAUAGCGAGCACGAGGUCAUCGGUCGUAACUGCCGCUUCCUUCAAUCACCAACCGGUCAUGUUGCAAGAGGCGAGCCACGCCAGUCUGCCUUGCGCGAACCCGUCGCCUACAUGCGCAAGGCACUAGCCUCCGGGAAGGAGUGCCAGGCAAGCCUCGUCAACUACAGGAAAGGCGGCCAGCCCUUUAUCAAUCUCGUCACCGUCGUCCCACUCCGUGGGGGCAUCCAUGGCGGGCCCAACGAGGCCGACGACAUCGUAUACCACGUUGGCUUCCAGGUCGACCUCACAGAACAACCGCGCCGUAUCCUCGACAAAGUCCGUGACGGGUCCUACUGCACCACUUACAGUGCAUGGGCCUCCUCGGGCCUUCCGGAAUGCCUCGCCAUUCCUCAACAGACUGCUGGCGCGGGUGCGCUCGUAUUACCCCCUCGUAGUUCAAAGACCUCUCACCUCACAGGCGGUGCUGUUUCCAGAGACCUGCGAAACCUCAUCACAGACAACACCUUCGCAGAUGCCGUCCCCAUAUCUACAUCCGUGAAUAUAUCGGGAACAGUGGCACCCGAUCCUGGCGGCACUACGACUCCUCUAUCAUCUCUAUCCGCACCAGCUUCAAAUUCCGCCCACGUCACCAUGUCUUCUUCCUCUGCUAUCCUGUCAAGCGCUUCAUCUUCCCCUCUCGCACCCAUUUCUCCCGCACUCUCACUCCUGUUGCUCGAGCUCCUCCCUGAUUUUCUGCUUGUUCUCUCCCUCAAGGGCUCUUUUCUCUAUGUCGCGCCAUCGGUUCGUCUUGUUCUCGGCUACGAGCCACAUGAACUGGUGGGCCGCAGCAUCGCUGAUGUCUGCCACCCCGCAGACCUUGUCCCUCUCAUGCGGGAGCUGAAAGAAGGCAGCGUCGGCGUGGGUGGUACGCUCGCCAGUUCUGGGUCAGGAGCCGGUUGCCCUCCUGGGUCGCCUGGGGACAGUACACACCCGCUGGGUAUGCCUAAGCCCGUCGACCUCUUGUUUCGCGCCGCACCCAAGACUCCGGCACAUCCUCUCCCUCCGUUUUCGUCCUCGACGCCAGCCCCUGCUUCGACGACCAACGCAACUACUCCUGAUGCCUCGUCGGAUAUCCCAACAACGUCGGGCACUCCCGAUGCCGAGGGUGCCUCACGAUCCUACAUAUGGCUCGAGUGCCGCGGGCGUCUUCACGUCGAACCCGGAAAGGGUCGCAAGGCGAUUAUACUUUCCGGUCGCGCACGUUGGAUGCCUGCUGUGCGAUGGGAUACCAUCAAGCGUGCAGGGGGUGUGGGCGUUGGCAUUUUGGGCGCCAAUAGUUGUAGCCCGGAACCAAAUCCUCAAGUAGUGCCAGCCGGUCAGGGUUCCAACGCAGCGAGUCUGGCAGAACCCCAGGAAUUUUGGGCAUUGCUUGCACCUGGAGGCACUUUUCUCGUGGCCUCGGGGGGCGUUCGUGAUGUUCUCGGCUGGGGUGUUGGCGAGAUCAUUGGCCGUUCUCUCUGGGGGAUGGUGGCAGAUGGUAUGGCCUCGGGUGUCGCGAUCCGAGCGCAGGUCGAGGCGGAACUUGGGCGUCAGUUUGAGGAAGAGGUGUGUGUGCUUUCACCGGUCGUUGGUGAUCUCAUGUUGUCUUCUCAGGUGAUCGCGGACACAGGUGACCCAAAGUUGACCGUCCUUUCGGUGACGCUCGUCACCCGCAACGGGCAUACGGCCCCUGUGCGUAUAGUCUUCUAUUGCACGCCGCGUGCGCACACCCAUCUACCGGCGGGUGGCCUGGCGAACCCCCGAGGCAGUCCGCUCUGUCCUCUUGUGUGCCAAGUGUCCGUCCUCCCGCCUGGCACGCUCACUGGGAUGGUUUCGGUGUCGAGCUCAUCACGUCAGAGGUCGCCGAGAGACGCAGCGGUUAACAGCGGCGACGCUGGUCCGUUGGUCAUGCAUCCAGGUGACGCGGCUCUUUUCGAAGAGCUUGACACAACACGAGGUUCCAGUUGGCAGUAUGAAUUACAGCAACUCAAGUACGCCAACCAGAGGUUGCACGAGGAGUUGGAAACUCUCGAAGGAAUUAGCACCGGCACCCCCGCCACAGAGAGCGUCCGUGCGGAUGAUGCUGCCAGUGCUUUACCCUCUGUUCCUGUGCCUAUGCUAUCCCCAUCAUCGAACCAAUCACCCUUUCCCCCUAACCCUACCGCCGUUGGCCACAGCUUGUCCGUCCCGCUGAAGCGGGCGUGGAACUCGAACGACCGAGCUAUGUAGGCAAAGACAACGCGGAGAUGAGAGAAUCGGCGGAUGCCUACGACAAUGUUGCUUCGAACUUAGCCGGAGUG